UAUAGUUGAUCCCAUGGCAAGGCCUUUAGGCCCUAUAUAUGUCCAUGUGACCGCAUGCUGAAAUGGCCUAUGUGGUCGUAUAGUAGUACAAUUUGGCCUUAGUUUCACUCUUUCAUUCCAUACUCGAUUUUAUUGAUUUUGAACAUAACUACAACAAAAAAGAGAAUAACUUACCAAGUCUCCACUUGUAAGCAAGCCCAUCAAAGCCAAAGUAGAGUCUUCUUUUAGCAUUUCUUUUUCUCCACUCCAACAAAAAGCAUCAAAAGUAAGCACUUAUUAAAGAGUCUAUGAGAGAAAAACACAUGUCUGGUCAUUUUGCUCGAAACUACCCCCAUGGAUCAAGAACCAAACGAUUUGAGUACCCGUUUGAUAAUUUUUUUAUUUUCGUUUCUAUAUUUUUUUUAAGAAUAUUUUUACGAGGUAUGAAAAUUAAUUUUUGAACUUCCAUUAAAACCUUUUAUAAAAGUGUUUCAUAAAAGUAACACUUCUAUAAAAUUAUCAAAAGCAGCCUUUAGUUUUCAAAAUUUAAUUUUGAAGUGGUAAAGAUGGGAGAAAAUAUAAUUUUAUUAAAAAAAAAAAUAGCCGAGUCUCAAGCAGUCUUGGGCGAGUUCAUGGGACAAGCAGAGUCAUACUUCGUUAGAUAGAGGUGAUAUUUUAGUUUAAUGACUAAAUAAGUCAUAAAAAUACUCUAGUGAUCAGUUAGAUAUUUUGCUUGAACUUCAAUGACUAUUAGUAAAUAAACUCACGGCCUUCACUUUCCUCAAAAAAGUUAAAGGGCAUUCGGCAAAUGUACAAAAACUGCAAGGGAUGAGUAGGGGAGAUUUUGGCAUAAUUUUAUCAAACAUGGGUCCAUACGUUUGAGACUUUCAGUAGAAUUCUACAGAACAAUUUUAUGUAGAAGUGGAAAUGUUCAAAGUUAAAAGGACGUUCAGGAAGAAGGGUUGAACAUUGACUGAACUUCUCAUCAGCAAAGUACUGAGUAGACACAGGAGGAUUUUGGGUGAAAAUCAUCUUUUUAUCCUUUUGUUUUCAUUGGUUAUUUCGCAUAAGAUUGAAGAAAGGGUUAGUUCUGCAUUUAGAUUUGGCAGAGCUCUUUAAAUAUGGGAGAAAAUAAGCAAUUGAAGGAUUGUGAGGAGAUAAGAUAUACAUGGAGGAUUAGGAAUUUCUCUAGUUUAAAUGUAUCCAAGAUUUGCUCUGGAAUAUUUGAGGUCAGUGGAUGUAGAUGGAGGUUACUCGCUUACCCAAAAGGAAAAGGUGAUGAACAUUUGUCUUUGUAUCUUGAAGUUGCCAAUAAAGAUAGCUUACCAGAUGGAUGGAGUAGAACAGCCAACCUCACUAUAAUUCUGAUUAACCAAAAGAAUAGCACAAUGUCUAUCAAGCAAGAAGCAGAACACCAAUUCAAAAAGGGAGAUAGUGGCUGGCGCUUCGCCUCUUUUUUUCCUCUUAGUAAACUACAUGAUAAAAAUGGUGGUUAUCUUGUUGAUGGGACAUGUGUGAUUGAAGCUGAAGUGUCCGUAACUGAUGUCUUCCCUGUUUCCACAGAUGAACCUUCUGAUUAUUCCGUUCAUAGCGAUCAGAGCAUCGAUUCAAUGAGUGAUUUAGAUGAUGCGGAAUCUAUUUCCAUCAAGGAUGAAUCCUUUCUCAAGUCAAUAUCAAGGGAAUCAACUAGUUCGAUUGAAGAUGUCGCAAGUUCGGCAAAAAAGCGCUUUGACAAGCUGAUUUCGUUACCUUUAGAUGAUUUGGUCGACCCGGAGAAUGAAACUGCAAUGAUAGAGACUCUGUCAAUACUUGGUGACAACCUUUCUUUGUUUUCUGACGACCUGGCAAAACAAAUUAUGCAGUUGAAAGCUAAUUUCCCCAUAACUCUACAGAAGUGGAGAGACUUGGUUCAAGUUAAGGAAAAUUGUCAACAUUCAUUGUCCACUUCUGAGAUAACCAAGAAUUUGCUCGAAGAUUCAGUCGAAACCGAAAAGGGAAUAAAGACUCAACUGGAAGAGUUGAAGAUCAGAGAGGAGGAGCUGAAGGUACAGCUAGAGGCACUUCAAAAUAAGAGCCAACGGCUCGUGAAGGAACGGUUAGAUGUAUCAAAGCAGACACAGCAAAUUUAUGCUCUUGCUGAGGAGCAGGCGGGCAAGAUUGGAGGCAAAGAGCAAGAGUUGAGUGUAGCGAACAAGAAUUUAGAGGAUUUGAAAUCUAACUGGUCAUCCAUGAAAUCUUUCUUCGUUGAAGGCUGAGCUUCUGGACCUCCAACAUAUAAAUAUAGUGUGGAUUUUGAGGGGUGGUGUCGUGUUGUGUUUCUGGUUUUCUUUGCUGGAUGUUGAGGGGUGGUGUGGACCUCCAACAUAUAAAUACACUUUGUUUUGGUUUGUGUUUCCGUUCCACUUUUUAUUUAAAGACUUCUCUUAUUUGCGCAAAUUGUCACAUAAACGGAUCCAAAUAAUAACCCCAAUUUUCAGAAAU